AGAGGGAAGUCAAAAUACUCAAGAACAGAACAACUUCAAGAUACAGGAAGAGAAACAUAAUGACCGCAUUUGCAAAGAAUACAUUCUACAUUUCAAUUGGGUUUGGGCUCAUUUUAGGUGUUGAAUGCUACAGUGGUUGGUCAAACCAUGAAUUAACUAUUCAGACUGGAGGAUCUGUCACCACCCCAUGUCAUUAUGAUGAGAAAUACACACAGCAGAAGAAAUAUAAAAUAAAAUUCUGGUUCUCAGAAAUUGAUAGAUGUAAUACAUACACAAACACAACAGAGGAGAAUCUGUCAGUAAUUGAUCAUCAUGAUCAGAAUCUCUUUACUAUGACUAUAAGAACCCUGCAGAGCACAAAACAUGAUGGAUGCUAUUAUUGUGCUGUGAAGAUUGAAGGAAAUGUGACACAUAUGGUCUUUAUCCCUAGGUUCAAAGCUCCUGAUGUGUCUGUGGUGAGCAACAGUGUAUCUGGACAUGAAGGUGGUGAUAUCAGUGUUCAGUGUUUCUACAGUCCUAGAUAUCAGGAUAAACUCAAACAGUGGUGCAGAUAUGAAUGUUACCCAGUGGGGAGGACUAACACAUCCCAGAAUUCAUCAGUACAGAUCAGUGAUGAUGGGAGAAGAUCGUUCAUUGUUCUGAUGACUGGACUGAGACUCACUGAUUCUGGCUGGUACUACUGUUCUGCUGGAGAGGCACUGAGACCUGUUCAACUCACUGUAGUUAAGGCAGAACCUGUGGCUCAGUAGCAGAGCAUUGCGUUAGCAGCACAAAAGGUUUUGGGUUCAAUUCCCAGGGAACACAUGUACAGGUUAAAAAGCCUGAAUACACUAUAAGUCAUUUUAGAUAAAAACGUCUGCUUAAUGCAUAAAUGUAGGAACCAGACAAAGAGAGAGACACGUUAAUAUUCAAAUAUUUCUCAUUGAUGUUUCUCAGAAUCAUCUUCCUCAAAUUAUUCUAUAUUUGUCUGUG